CCAUCCCGUGAACUCUUUAAAAUCCCCCAAAAAAACUAUCCCAACUACACAUCUUACCUUUUCUCAGUGCCAACAAUGUCUCAUUCCAGUUCCAAAUCCCUGUCACCAUCCAUCAUUCUCUUCUUCUUCUUCUUCUUCUUCAUUCUCAUCAUUUUCAUCUCCGGUGAGGUCUCCGGCCACCACACAAAGAAGCUCAGGCCAGGUGUCCGGCCACCUUGGGACCAGUUUCAACCAAACCAAACUAGAGCUAAGUUGAUUGAAGUUCAGUUCACUAAAUGGGUCAAGUUCAUGGGUGGCUUAAGACACACUCUGUUUGGUAAAGCCUUCAACAAGCUCUUCCCUUCUUACACUCUCACUGUUGACAAGAACCCUUCACUUGGGGACUUCACCACCAUUCAAGAUGCCAUUGAUUCACUUCCUUUCAUUAAUCUUGUCAGAGUUGUCAUCAAAGUUAAUGCAGGGACUUAUACAGAAAAGGUGAAUAUCUCACCAAUGAGAGCAUUCAUAACCAUUCAAGGAGAUGGAGCUGAUGUUACUGUUGUUCAAUGGGGUGACACUGCUCAAACUUUGGGUCCUAAAGGACAACCCAUUGGUACAUUCAACUCUGCUACAUUUGCUAUCAAUUCACCUUAUUUCAUAGCCAAGAACAUCACAUUCAAGAACACUACACCAGUGCCACCACCAGGAGCAAUAGGAAAACAAGCAGUUGCAUUGAGGAUUUCUGGAGAUACAGCAACCUUUGUGGGCUGUAAAUUCUUGGGAGCUCAAGACACACUUUAUGAUCAUGUUGGCAGACAUUAUUACAAAGACUGUUAUAUCGAAGGAUCUGUCGAUUUUAUCUUCGGCAAUGCUUUAACUCUAUUUGAGGGGUGUCAUGUUCAUGCAAUAGCAGAGAACUAUGGAGCAUUGACAGCACAAAACAGAAUGAGUAUUUUGGAGGACACUGGAUUCUCAUUUGUGAACUGCAAAGUGACUGGAUCUGGUGCUCUGUAUUUAGGCAGAGCUUGGGGCACUUUCUCCAGAGUUAUCUUUGCCUACACUUACAUGGAUAACAUUAUUAUUCCCAAGGGAUGGUAUAACUGGGGAGAUCCUAACAGAGAAAUGACUGUGUUUUAUGGACAGUACAAGUGUUAUGGACCAGGAGCAAGCUAUGCAGGCAGAGUGGCAUGGUCUAGAGAGCUCACAGAUGAAGAAGCUAAGCCAUUCAUAUCACUAGGCUUCAUUGACGGCUCUGAUUGGAUCAAGAUUUGAUCAUCUUAAUCCUUGAUUUUUAACAUCAAUUAUGUUGCUUGACUUCACCAAAUAAUUCCACACAUGUACAUUGUUACAUUCGCUUCCCAGAUCAUUGAAAUUAACAAGUGAUU